UUUCUAAGGGAAGAUAUGAAAUACAAAGAUGCCUCUAAUAAACAUAGUCACCUGCACAGAGAAGACAAACAUAUCACCAUUGAGGAUCUGUGGAAACGUUGGAAAACGUCUGAAGUUCAUAACUGGACUCAAGAGGACACUCUUCAGUGGCUGUCAGAAUUUGUUGAACUGCCCCAAUAUGAAAAGAAUUUUAGAGACAGCAAUGUCAAUGGAACAACACUUCCCAGGAUAGCAGUAAAUGAACAUGCUUUCAUGAUCUCUCACUUGAAAAUAAUUGACCGGAGCCAUAGACAGAAGCUUCAACUUAAAGCCUUGGAUGUUGUUUUAUUUGGACCUCUCACCCGUCCCCCGCACAACUGGAUGAAGGACUUUAUAUUAACAGUUUCUAUAGUUAUUGGUUUUGGAGGCUGCUGGUUUGCAUAUACACAGAACAGAACCUCAAGAGAACAUAUCACAAAAAUGAUGAAGGACUUAGAAAGUCUCCAAACAGCAGAGCAAAGUCUUCUUGACUUGCAGGAAAGGCUUGAAAAGGCACAAGAAGAGAAUAGAAAUGUUGCUGUGGAAAAACAAAAUCUGGAGCGCAAAAUGAUGGACGAGAUCAAUGAUGCAAAACGGGAAGCUCAUCGCCUAAGGGAGCUGAGAGAGGGAGCUGAAUGUGAGCUCAGCAGGCUCAAAUAUGCAGAGGAAGAGCUAGUACAGGUUCGCAUGGCUUUAAAAAAGGCUGAGAAGGAGUUUGAACUGAGAAGUAAUUGGUCUGUUCCUGAAGCUUUGCAGAAGUGGCUUCAGUUAACACAUGAAGUUGAAGUCCAAUAUUACAAUAUCAAAAGACAGCAUGCAGAAAUGCAAUUAGCAAUUGCCAAAGAUGAGGCAGAAAAGAUAAAAAAGAAGCGGAGCACUGUAUUUGGAACAUUACAUGUUGCACACAGCUCCUCCCUGGAUGAAGUGGACCAUAAAAUCCUUGAAGCAAAGAAAGCACUCUCUGAGUUGACGACAUGUUUGAGAGAGCGUCUUUAUCGAUGGCAGCAGAUUGAGAAGAUUUGUGGUUUUCAAAUAGCACACAAUUCUGGGCUCCCAAGCUUGACCUCAUCUCUCUACUCUGAUCACAGCUGGGUAGUUAUGCCUCGAGUUUCCAUUCCUCCUUACCCAAUUGCAGGGGGAGUUGAUGACUUAGAUGAAGAUACUCCUCCAAUAGUUUCACAGUUUCAUG